CCGGCUAAGUAUAAGAGGAAGGGAGGGAGAGAGAGGAGGGAAAACGGAGAAAUCAUCUGUUCGAUUCUUCCCCCAUAUACCGUUGAAGCGAUCUUCAAUCCGUCAAUGUCGGGAUCUGCCCGUCUCCUCUUGUUUCUGCUCCCCUUCUCCUUUCUAGCUUCGUUACUCUGUCGCGGAUCUUGCGCGGAGCCGCUGACCUGCCCUCGAUCGGAGGUCGCCGGACUAGUGGAAGCUCUGAGAUCGCCGCAGUGUCCUCUUGGGAUCGAGCGUUCUUUUGCCGAGGAGGUUAACGGUGACAUUCUUGAUAAAGUGUUGGCUCAUGCUCCGAAUGGAGCCUAUUAUUCAGUUUUUUUCUAUGCAUCUCGGUGUCCAUUCUCUCAAAAUUUUAGAUCCACAUUUGAUACGCUCAGCUCCAUGUUUCCUCAAAUUACGCAUUUAGCACUUGAACAAUAUUCUGCAAUGCCCAGCCUUUUCUCAAGAUAUGGGAUCCACAGUUUUCCCGCCUUUGUGUUGGCCAGCAGAAGAGGAAAGAUAAGGUAUCAUGGAUUGAAAGAUCUUGAUUCCUUGGUAAAUUUCUACCGAGAAAUUACAGGUGAAGAACCUGUUGCAUAUUUUUCUAUGGACCAGGCCAAGGAAAAUACUGGUGCUCUCCAACCAUGGAUGGGAACAACUAAGGAAUUCCUAAACAGUGAACCUUAUCUAGCAUUUUCUCUACUUUUUGUCAUCCUGAGGGCAUUCACUUAUUUCUUCCCCAAGCUUAUCUCCCAAAUCAAAUCUUCGUGGGCUCUGUACACCCGCCUCCAUGCGAAUUUGGGCAUCAUUAGUGGAUUGAAUCAGCUUCUGGGGCGUGUUCUACAAGUAAUUGAUGCGAAGAAGAUAUUGAGGAAACUCAAUCUCUCGAGCAAAACGGGAAAUUUUCAUAAAGGAGCGAAGAGUGCUCGGGUAUGGGCAUCUUCUCUUGCUUCUGUAUCUCUCGGUGAAUCAUCUUCUCCAAGGCUAGCGCUUUCAGAUUCUUGAUAUUUAACUUUGACAUCUGAACUCCAUGUCUACAAUAACAAAUAACCAAAAACGCUUCAGCAGUAUGUAGAUCAGUUUUAAUGCUUUUUUGUUCAACCUUCUUCAUGAUGACUCUAUUUGUUUUGGAACUUCAUGUAUUAUGAGCUUGGACACAAAUGAGGGGAUCAUAGCAUGUAAAUUUGGAGUAUCUGGUCUCAAUGUAUAUUAAUAUUCUUGCAUACACAUAAGUGUUAUGCAUGGUCGUUUAUGCUGUCUUAUAUCUGAAUUUGAGUUCGUGAAGAAUCAUCAUGUUCACUAGGGCUGUUUUCAAAGGUUUUUUAAUUUCUU